GGUGGCAGCCCUACAAAAGUGACGCUGUUGAAUUUCACAAUCCAUUAAUAGGCAGUAAAAAUGUCGGAAUUCAGUGAUAAUGCGUGUGAUUCUGUAGGGGUGGAGCAGUUUGCAAACUUACAGCAGCCGGAGCAGGUGAUGGACGCUGAAAAUAAUGUUGGUGAUGCCACAGAAAUUGAAUUAUUGAAAAAAUUUGUGACGCUAUGUUUGGAGCAUACGGUCACGGAUAACAAAAGGGUCGAACAGCUCAUAACCUAUGAGCAAAACAGAUCAUCUGUAAUCCUGGAUGAGAAAAUGCGGCUGCUGACCCGUCUAACCAUUCCAAUUGAAAACAAAGUGUUCACAGUGGAACACAUCAUUAAUAUUCAAGGGAAAUUGUUGGAACAAUUCCAUAAGCUGUUUAAAUCUGAGAAAGAAUAUUUACGUGCAUAUGAUGCCCAUUGUAACAAGGUCAUCUGUGCAAAUAAGGAGAUCAACAAUACUGCGGGAUAUGAUGAAUAUACCGAAAUGGACGGUAUAACGCUGGCGGAUGUCAUCGAUAAUGUGCGAAAAGCACAUAGUGACCUUGACGGUGUUUGCGCGGAUAAAAUUGUCAAAUUUGAGCUGGAGCGUCAGGAAAGUGAAGCAAAGUACAAGUCAUUAUUGAAGGAGAUAGAAACCUUUGAAAGUUACUACCAAAUGGCAAUCGACUAUAUGGAGCAGCUGAAAUUCAAAUCGGAAAUGCGUCUACGCGCGGAGAAACUCCAAAUAAAAUAGUAAUCAUCUAUAUUAGACAGUUAUUAUUGACAUAAUUUGUUAUUCACAGAACUCCAAUUUUAUUUUUUUAAUGUAGUAGAUAUUCAAGUAACUUUAGUAUAGAGUAUAGAGUCAACUCUGGAGUUGACUCAAUGGAGUUGACAUUAUACUCAACAGUUACUUUAAUGAUAACAGAUACGAUAUGAAAUAACUGAAAAUUUCAAUGUAUCAAUUACACUUUUAAUUUUUCAAUAACAUAAAACUAAAUUACAUACAUUCAAUUAAGAUUCACUACUUUAACCAUAGAAUAAUUGGUAAUAAAUAUUGCUCCAAUAUUCAGAUUAAACUUUCAAUUUUGAUUGUACACUCAAA